AUGUUCUCUCAUUGUUAUGCCCUGCCCUUUGCGGCGCUCGUCUGUGUCUCCUAUGCCGCAUCAACCUUCUCACCUGCUCGUCCUCCAGCCAUUCCUUUAGCAGUGAAAUCUCCCUAUGUCAACUGCUGGCAGCAAGCGGGGAGUGAUGUCGAAAUGGGAGGUCCUGGUAAUGGUGGUUAUCUUGCAGGGGAAUGGCCAACAUUUUGGGCAGGCCAAAUACUGGGAUGGACGGGACUGAUACGUGUCGACAACAUAUCCUAUACGUGGAUGGGCGCCCCAGCGCCAUUACCCACAGUUGUGAAUCAAACCUCUUUUGAGUACACCUCGACAAGGAGUAGUUUCGUUAUGGACGUUGCCGGCGUCGUAGAGAUGAACGUUACGUUCCUCUCAUCCAUCACUCCCACAGAUCUGAUGCGGCAGUCAUUAAUAUUCUCCUACGUUGAUGUCUCAGUGACUGCCACUGACGGAGCUACCCAUGAUGUACAGCUGUACACGGACAUCACGGCCGAAUGGGUCUCUGGCGAUAGAACGGCUAUUGCUGAGUGGGAGUAUGGCGUUACGUCAAAUGACAGCUCUACAACAAGAAAACGCAAUUUCUUCGAUUCAUUUGCACCAUUGUUGGACCGCAGAGAGUACACCGACGUGACCAGUUCGACGAAGGCUACGGCGACAGGGGGCAUUGCCUACCAUAAAAUUUACAGACAAACACAACUACUUUGGUCCGAGACCGAUGACCAGACGGAUUACGGCAAUUGGUAUUGGGCAACAGACAAUGUCGAAGGCUUGACUUUUCAGUCGGGCGCGGAUACUGACGUUCGCUCAGCCUUCACCACUUCAGGCGCUCUUGCAAACACAAACGAUACCAAUUUUCGUGCAAUCAAUGAUGAUUAUCCCACCUUCGCGUUCGCAGUGGAUCUGGGCACCGUUGGUGCAACCACUGUUAGCACUAUCUUCUCUCUUGGCUUGACCCAGGAGCAGGCAGUUCAGUUCGAUGGAGCGAGCGGUAACGUGAGCGUGCCAUCCUUGUGGACAAGCUACUUUUCAACUGAGCUCGAUGCGCUGGCCUUUUUCCACACUGAUUUUGCUACUGCCUCUGGCCUGGCAACUACCUUUGAUAACCAAGUCUCAGAUGAUGGGAUGGCUGCCGGCGGUGCUGACUUUGUGACGAUUGCUUCACUCACAGCCCGGCAAGCCUUUGGUGGGACUCAGUUGUGUGGAACGACAGCUGCACCAUAUCUUUUCCUUAAGGAGAUCAGUUCAGACGGGAAUGUCCAGACAGUUGAUGUCUGCUUCCCCUUUCAUCCCAUUUUGAUCUACACCAAUCCGACACUACUCAAGUACCUCUUGGAUCCGCUUUUCAUCAACCAAGAGGCUGGUCAAUAUCCUAAUAUGUAUUCAAUGCACGACCUUGGUUCCAGCUAUCCUAACGCAACUGGUCAUGUUGCUGGAAAUGACGAGAAGCAACCCCUGGAGGAGUGCGGGAACAUGCUCAUCAUGACUCUGGCGUACGCUCAGAGGGCCAACGAUACCGCAUAUCUUAGCCAGCAUUAUCCUAUACUUGACCAGUGGACUCAGUAUCUCAUCGAGGAAGCCUUGAUUCCGGCCGAUCAGAUCUCAACGGACGACUUUGCCGGAGCACUUGCGAACCAAACAAAUCUGGCGCUCAAGGGCAUCAUAGGUAUUGAAGCCAUGGCUGUGAUUGCGAACUUGACUGGCAACACAAUCACGGGAUCGAAUUACACAUCAAUAGCACAUGAUUAUAUCACGCAAUGGCAGGUUCUAGGUAUCGCCCAUGAUGCAGAUCCUCCGCACACGACCCUUGCUUAUGGGAUGAACGAUACACAUGGGUUGCUGUACAACCUCUUUGGCGACAGGGAGCUCGGUCUGAACCUCGUUCCUCAAUCCGUCUACGAUAUGCAGAGCGCUUUUUACCCCACCGUGGAGGAAGAGUACGGUGUGCCGCUGGACACACGACAUGACUACACGAAAGUUGAUUGGGAGAUGCUUGUGGCUGCAAUCGCCUCAACGAAUACAUCGCAGAUGAUUUUCAGCGAUAUUGCUAAUUGGAUCAACGAGACGCCGACUAAUAGGGCUUUUACUGAUCUGUAUAACGCAACCGGCGGAGAUUAUGGACUCAUUCCUAAUCUCACAUUCACUGCUCGUCCUGUAGUUGGUGGUGCAUUUGGCCUAUUGGCACUUCCCAAAUAG